AAUAUAAUUGGUCAUAAUAUACCAUCUUUGCUAACCUCUUUGUUUCAUGUUAAGCCUCUGUUGUCUUAACUGGUUAAUGCUUUGCCUUAUAUUGCUGUAUUUGAUCAAUUAGAACCGUGAAGUUAUGAAGGCGAAUAAUAGCAGCACUGAUGCACUAAAACGGCUGUAAAAAAGAUGUAGUUUAUGUAUACUAUCAGACGUUGUAUAGUUUUAAGCUUUGUAGUAACAUAUUAACUAAUGUGAGUGGUUUAUGGUUUAUUGUUCUAAAAAAAAUAUUGAUUUUAAUGAAUGCUUGUUUUUUGUAUAUAAAGUGUCGCUGCUGUACACAGAACCAGCUUCACUCUGAAUUUGUUAAAUUAACUUUGACAUCACUGGGAACUGUGAAUGAAAACACAGCAAUUUUGGAAAAUGCACCCUUAUUAGUUGCUGUGCCUCUACUUUUACAUGAUGUUAAGAGUAUAUUACCUUUUAUCCUUAAAAUAUUAAAUAUAGAAUAAAGAAACAACCAAAUUCAACUUAACAGUAUUGAAAAUAUAAGCAGGGUUGAAGGAACAAUCCACAUUUCACACUUCUACUCCAUGGUAAAACUCUUGCAUCUAGACUGCAAUUGAAAAUAGUCACAAUGGUCACAUGAAAUAGCGUUCAGUAGCUCCUCCGUUUCCACUCACUGUUGUGUUAACGUGGAUCUCUGUGGAAACACACGUCCAAAGUGUAAUUACGGUGCGUGCCAGUGGACAAAUAGCUAUUUUAUUAAAGGCAAGGUGAAGAAACGUUGAGAUGUGCGUUCAGACAGGACUAAAAUUACCAGAGGACCACAGAGUUUAGCGAAAAAGUAGGUAAUUCAGUCUGUAAUUUUCUCAGAGGACAUCUGAGAAAAUCACAUACCUGGACAGGAAUUAAAUCACAGAGAACCCCCUAUAAAUGAGAAAAUUACCUCAGGACCCCCAGUGAAACUAAUCCUGUCCGGAUAGGGCUUAAGGGAACAUUUUUUUUAACGUUUUUUGUUUGUUUAUGUGCUAGGUGUACAUUAGUUCUAUUAAAUGAUGACUUACAAUACAUUUUGUGUUUUAUAUUAAUUCACAAUCUUUGAAAUAAAGUUGGGGGACAUAAUGAGCACCCGAUUCAGAGAAUAGCUCCAAAAGUAUGGAAAGCUUGAAACAUAAUGGCAAGAAAAUACAGGUUAACCCCAGUGCGGCCUUCUGAAAGAAAGCCUUGCUGACAAUCAUUAGCUUAACUUUAAUAUUUACUCAUAGGGUUAAAGGUCGCUUUCAGUCUUUUAUGUUUGGAACAGAUCCCAAAUCCAGCACGAUCCUGACUGAGAAUACGUUUCAGCACUUCAAUAAGUUGAACUAAAACUUAGUCAUGGACCUUCUGGAUGCUGGUUCUCCACGAGAAGUCAUUGAGAAGGUGGCUAAGCACCUAGACUGCAGCCCCACGUCUCGGGAAGUUGCUGAAUAUUUUGACAAGAAUGACAAGCUGAGACAUUUACGACAGGAGUUCCUGUUUCCUAAAGUCGCUCAGCUUCCCACAUCUGACCUGUCGCUUGUGGGUGGAUCAGAAGAUUGCAUUUACUUUGUGGGGAACUCUCUUGGCUUACAGCCCAAAAAUGUGAAAAAGUAUAUUGACGAGGAGUUGAAGAAAUGGGCCACAAUUGGGGCCCAUGGUCACGUGAUGGGGUCACGUCCUUGGGCCUGGGCUGAGAAUGAUCUGGAGGAUCUCAUGGCAAAGGUUGUGGGUGCUAAACCAGAAGAAGUUGCCUUGAUGAAUGGUUUGACAGUCAAUCUGCACCUUCUACUGCUUGCUUUUUACCAGCCCAUCGCAACACGCCACAAAAUACUUCUGGAGGACAAAGCCUUUCCAUCUGACCACUAUGCCGUGGAAUCUCAGAUACGGCUACGGGGAUUUGAUCCAAGCACAAGCAUGCUCUUCGUUAAACCCAGACCGGGGGAGGACACUUUGAGGACAGAAGACAUUGUGUCUACAAUAGAGCGUGAGGGACACUCCAUUGCUGUGGUGAUGCUGAGUGGAGUCCAGUACUACACUGGGCAGCUGUUCAAUAUGGAGGUCAUCACCAAAGCAGGCCAGAACCAGGGCUGUUAUGUGGGUUUUGAUUGUGCACAUGCAGUGGGUAAUGCUGACCUGCGACUGCAUGACUGGGGUGUAGACUUCGCCUGCUGGUGCACAUAUAAGUAUGUGAAUUCUGGAGCUGGGGGCUUGGCUGGAGCGUUUAUACAUGAGAAGCAUGUGGACAGAGUCAAACCUGCGCUGCUCGGAUGGUGGGGGCACAACCUGAAGACAAGAUUCCAGAUGACCAAUGAGAUGGAUCUGCAGCCUGGAGUGAAUGGAUACAGACUCUCUAAUCAACCUGUUCUUCUAGUGUGCCCUCUACAGGCCAGUCUAGAGAUCUUUAAUCAGACCACCAUGAAGGAUCUGAGGAAGAAGUCUAUACUGUUGACUGGCUAUCUGGAAUACCUCCUCAAGCACUACUACAGUAAGAAGGCAUCGGACCCCCAUAAGCCCUGUGUUCACAUCAUCACACCCAGCAACCCAGCAGAGAGAGGAUGCCAGCUGUCCCUGUCUUUCUCUCUACCCAUCCGAGCUGUCUUUAAAGAGCUGGAGAAGAGAGGAGUAGCUUGUGAUAUGAGGGAGCCCAACGUUCUGCGUGUAGCUCCUGUUCCACUCUACAACUCCUUCUCUGAUGUCCAUCGCUUCAUCACUGUCCUGGGAUCAGCGCUGGCUGCCAGCAACAAAGACUGACAUCUAUAGAGCAUUGAUUAACCCUUUGAGGCACGGUGGUGACUGUGUUCUUGUUUUUCAGUUUCUUACUUUGCAGUUGUGGUUAAAGUGAAAUCUUUACAUUUUCAAAAAUAAUUGAUCUUUUCUGGCAACACUUGUAAUGUAUCACACACAAAGUGAUGUACAAUCUGUAAGAUAUGCAACAAAAAAAAAUCACACCCUAAAAUCAGCUUUGUAAGUCAUAUAUCAGUAAAUCAAUAGGUAUUUUGAAACAAAUUUUCCGUUUGUGCCUCAAAGGGUUAAAGGAAAAUGAAAAAGCCAUACUAAAAAUGAAAAGGAAAAGAUUAAUAGGAAAAUGAUGAAAUAAACAAAAUUGUGAAAAUUAAAA